AAUAUUUAGGGGGAAGUCGUGGCCUAAUGGUUAUCGAGUCUCAGGUCUGGCAGGUAUUGUAGGUGGGGGGAGUGAAUUUACAGCGCUCUAAAAUAUUGAUAAGAUAGCAUAACAUAACUAAACUAAUAUACUUAUAUAAUACACACACUAAAAGGUUACACUUUCCGAUAGUCCACUUUAACUAGAAGUAAUUUGGCAACUACGUCAACUAAUUUUCGUUAGAGUAUUAGUGUCACGUGUGCGUGUUCCCAUUUAGUUCCUGUUUGUCCUUAUUUGGUUUAGUUCCUGUUCUAAUUAUUAGUUUCCGUGGUUUUUGAUUAAUUACUCCGCACCUGUUUCAGUUCUUCCUGAUUACGUUCCCUUUUUAUAAGUCCCGUGUUCUCCCCUGGUUGUUUGUUCCGCUGUUAUAUGUCUUCCCGUUUUCCUGCGUUGGAUUACUUGUCAUUAAAAGACUGUUUAUUCUGAUCUACUCCUCAUCUCCUCGCUCCUAUAGAUUGUGACAGAACAGCGGACCUAACAGACCUAACUAUGGAAACCUUUUCUGCCCUGGCCCUCCGAGAUCUCCUACUGAUGGAGUAUGCACAGGAGUUCUGCGGGAUCGUUGCGAGUAUGGCAUUGGAUGACGCCACUAUGAACUCCUUGUUCUGGAUCGGGGCCAAUUACGAUCGCCCCGUGGACCUCCCAGACACCACUGGACUAAGCUGGAGGGAAGGGAUCCUCCGGUGUCUGGAGAGCGUCCGGCCCCGAUCCAGAACCAGCCCGCCGUCCAGUCCGUCCGCCAUUAUCAAGCCCCAGUCAAGCCUGUCAGCCGCUGCUGACUCUAGCCCGCCGCCGUCCGCGGCUCCGCUGUUAAGUCUGCCGCCAUCCACGGCUCUGCUGUUAAGUCUGCCGUUCACGGCUCACUCAAGCCCGCCGUCCACGGGGAAGCCAAACCCGCCAUCCGCGGGGAAGCCAAGCCCGCCAUCCGCGGCUCACUCAAGCCCUCUAGUGUCGGCUCCAGCAUGUGACUCCGAGCUCAUGAAUAUGGCGCUACCCCCAGGAGUUCUCAGCUCCUGUCUCAGCUCCGCCAUGGCCGCUCGAGCCCCCUGAUCUGCCAUGGCCCCCCGAGUCUCUUGAUCCGUCAUGGCUCCUGGGUCUGCCUGAUCCGCCCUGGAGGCCUCCUCUGUGUCCCUAUCCUGCACCAGCCUGCAGAGCGCCCAUCCCCCCUCCCCGGUGGUCCCACGCCGUCUGGGAGGGGGGGCGAUCUUUCAAGUGUGUGUGUUCACGUUUAGUUCCUGUUUGUCCUUAUUUGGUUUAGUUCCUGUUGUAAUUAUUAGUUUCCAUGGUUUUUGAUGAAUUACUCUGCACCGGUCUCAGUUCUUUCUGAUUAAGUUUCCUGUUUAUAAGUCCCGUGUUCUCCCCUGGUUGUUUGUUCCGCUGUUAUAUGUCUUCCCGUGUUCCUGCGUUGGAUUACUUGUCAUUA